AUGAGUCUAUAUUUUACGCUUUUAUUUGCCAUAUUGACAUUAGAAAUGGCAACACUAUUUGUGUUGGUAUUACCGUUACCUAAUAAAAUGAGGAAAUUAUUUUAUAAUACAUAUCAAAAAUUAUAUCAAAAUCAACAAGUUAAGACAGUUGCCAUUAUUCUUUCAAUUAUUGUUGGGUUAUUGUUUAUUGAUUCUUGGAAAAGAGCACAAAUCAAUGUUACAUUAUAUCGUCAUCAAAAGCUUUAUAAUGAAGACGACGGAGUAAAUUCAAAUCAAUAUGAUUCUCAUGCAGUAACUCCAACUCAAGCAUUAGCCUCAAGAGCUUAUAACCAAAGAAAUGUUUAUAUUUCUGGAUUUAUAUUAUAUUUCAUGGUCGGAAUUCCAACUGUAAUGAGUAUUAUUAGAAGAUUAAUUAAAUAUCAAGAUUUAAUUAAUAAUCAAACAAAAAUCGUGACUGAUAAUGAUGAAAUUUUAAAAUUAAAGAAAGAAUUAGAAGUCAAAACUAUUGAUUUGGAGACUUUAGAAAAACAAUUCACUAAUGCAGAAAAUUAUUUUGAUGAACAAAAUAAACCAAAGGUUGAUGAAACUGUGACAAAGACAGAAUAA